UUAGUGUCAUCAUCCAAAAAAAAACUCGCCUCCGCUAAAGCUCUUUGCUGUCAACUUGCAAACAACACUCUUUACUCAACCCACCAUUUUCCUUUCUUACCUUCCCCAUAAACCUACACACAUCGUACUAUGCAAUGACGCGCCCGACGAACCUGCGCGUCGCGCGCACGCCUCUGGCAGGCCUCGCAGUCGGAAAUUCUUGGGCCUCGUGGAUGAGCAGGCCGACGGCAAGCCUUGCACUCUACAGCUCUCGCCGCAAUGCCUCUUCGACCUCCCCCGCCUCGGCCGUCGCCACCAACGCUGACCACUCGACGGACCCCAUACAAGCCAGGCGCAGUCUGGUUGUCAACCCACCUGCCACUACACGCCCACCACCUCUGAACCUCCCCGUCCGCGGCGCCGACACCUCCAAGGCCGGCCACCUCAUCGCCACCGGCAAGGCCUACUUCACCUUUUACAAGACGGGCAUGGCGCACAUCGCCAAGAACUACAAGCUCUCCUCGGCCGUCGACCAAAACGCCCAGCAGGCCCGCGAUGCCGGCCCUGUGGCGACACAGCUCGCAGCCGGCGAUGCCUCUUCUGGCCCAGUCCCACCACCACCAGGCUCCCGCGCCGCCGUCAUCCUCCGCGAGCGCCUGCGCCACGACGUAUCCCGCCUACCCGUGUUCGCGCUCAUCCUGCUGAUCUGCGGGGAAUUCACCCCGCUGGUCGUCAUGCUGCUGCCGCGCGUCGUACCACUCCCCUGCCGCAUCCCGCGCCAGGUCGACAAGCUGGACCGGCUAGCCGAGGCGCGCCGCUCCGCCAGCUUUGCCGAGCUGGAGCAGAAGAAGGCGCAGGACGGUAACAAGACCAGCUCGCUGGACACCUCAGUCGUGUACCGCCACAUCGGCCGCAGCCUGAGCCUGCUAGGCGGACCCGUGUCCACGGCGCUGCUGCCGUCACCGAUCCUCCAGCGCCGCGUCAACAUGCGCCUGGCCUUCCUGGCCGACGACGAUGCCAUCCUGCGCGCCAAUGGUGUCACGGCCGCUCUGGUGCCCGACGAGGUGCGCCUGGCCUGCAAGGAUCGGGGCAUGGACGUGCUGGGCGUCGACGACGGCGAGCUCGACCGGCUGCUGAGGAGGUGGCUGGACCUGCUUGCCGGCUGCGAUAGGGAGACUACUUUCAGUAGGAUGCGGCAUUUGCUGGUGACGAGACCUCAGGAGUGGCCAAGGUCGUUUUGAAACAAAGACUCUGGCUGCUAGUUUCAUGUACUAGUAAAUGUAUACCAUAUAGAUCCAUAAACUGCAUAGAAUUCUGUCAACUGCCA